GUCUGGCGAAUCGGUCGCACAAACGAAAACGUGGUCUCGAUACGCGCGGUUUUCAAAAAAGAUUGAACUAGUUCUCCUGGCGAGGAUGGCAUGAUGAUGAAUUCUUCUUUCUCCGGUUUCCGGUUCCGGUGGGCAGUUUUGUGUGCCGGUCGUUGUUGGUGAAUCGAUCUCGGAGGUCUGUCGCCACACCGUAGUGACCUCAGCUGGUUGACGUUUGUAAGUUUAUUCGUUUGCUGGUGUUAGUGUAAAGUUUCGUUUUUAAAUGACAGUGGUCCCAGAUUGCUACCUUAGGGUCGACGCGAGUUUGGUUACGGUUUUGGUCUUUUCGAAAGGAUUUUUUUCGAAACAAAAUGGGAUAACGGAACCUAGCCUUUGGUCAAAACAAAGCGUCUCUGAUCCGGCUUUCUGAUAAAGCCCCGAUGAGAAACAACAAACGUGGACCGGUGAUUUAAAUUUAAAUUGAAUGAGAAUAUUAAGUAUCCGGAUCCAGAGAGCUUGUGUGUGUGGUCCUGUGGUGUUGUUGAAAAAAUGUCGUGUUGAAAUAGAAUAAAAUGGCAACAGUGAAAACGAAAAUGACGGAAAAUAAAUAAAUAAACGGCAAAAAAAUCAUAACCAGUGCAGCCCGGCUGGUCGUGACAUCUACCGGAAGAGAAAAAAACUAAAUCAACUCCAGCUUCGUGAAAUGAAAUAGGAGGGGGGAAAUUAAGUGCGAAAUCCUAACCUUCUGUGAUCCCAGCUUUGGAGUUCGGAGUUCGUCAAAUGUGGGUGACUCAAGGGGGAAAAAGCGAGUGUACUCAACCCAAAGUGAAGAAAGUUUUUCACGAGCGUUUUUUUUACGGGGGGAAAGUGUUAUUUUUAAUUACGUAUUUAAGUAUGUGUGUGUGAAUUUGCGUCUGUUUUUUCGCCCUCUCCAUGUUGAGUUAAUUGAAAAUAAUUACCCGUUAAAUGGUUGGCUGUAUUAGUAAGAGUGAGAGUGCAUUUAAAGGAGUAAUGCUGCGGAUUUGAGGAGCUCUACGACCAUUAGUUGUUAUUUCGGUCAGAUUCGUCGAAGCGGUUAAAGUGAAGUUUUAAUGAAAAUCAACAACAAUUACUUAGCUUUGGGUCGACUCCAGUUCCCAAUUAAAACCUAAUUCUUCUCAUCAUCGAAGAGACUGCCGAAAUACAUCAAAAUGCUAGCUAAACUAGGUGUAAAUAUAGUUCUUCUUAUUAUACUAGGAAAAGAAAUCAAGGCCAGCUGGGAAGAAUGGUGGACGUACGAUGGCAUCUCAGGUCCCGCCUUCUGGGGUCUGAUCAACCCGCAGUGGAACAUGUGCAACAAGGGCAGGCGCCAGUCGCCGAUCAAUGUCGAGCCGGAAAAGCUGCUCUUCGAUCCGUAUCUCCGGUCGCUGCACAUCGAUAAGCACAAGAUUUCCGGCACGCUGCACAACACCGGACAGUCGUUGGUUUUUCGGGUGGAAAAGGACACCAAACAGCAUGUAAAUAUCUCGAGCGGUCCGCUGGCCUAUCGCUAUCAGUUCGAGGAAAUCUACUUCCACUAUGGGACCGAUAACAAUCAGGGCUCCGAACAUCACAUUCACGGGUACAGCUUUCCGGGAGAGAUUCAAUUGUACGGAUUCAACAAGGAGCUGUACCACAACAUGAGCGAAGCCCAGCACAAGGCUCAGGGCAUCGUCGGUAUUUCGUUGAUGGUCCAGAUUGGAGACACGCCCAACCCGGAGCUGCGGAUAAUCACCAGCACCUUCAACAAGGUGCUGUACAAAGGUUCUUCCACCCCCAUACGGCACAUCUCGCUGCGCUCGCUGCUCCCCAAUACGGAACAGUACAUGACCUACGAGGGUUCGACGACGCACCCCGGCUGCUGGGAGAGCACGGUAUGGAUCAUCCUCAACAAACCGAUCUACAUCACCAAACAGGAGCUCUACGCUCUCCGGAAACUGAUGCAGGGUUCGGAACAAACUCCCAAGGCACCCCUAGGGAACAAUGUGAGGCCGCUUCAGGCGCUGCACCAUCGAACGGUGCGAACCAACAUAGACUUUGCGCAAACCAGUGCAAAUAAGAACCAAGCCUGUCCAACGAUGAACAAGGACAUGUUCUACAAGGCGAACCGCUGGACCUCGGAUCUGACGGCCCGUGGUCGAGAGCGUGCCCUGCCCGAUAUCGACACCGUGUACUCGUCGCUCCCCUAGUGGCACUGGCGUGGGGGUGGCAAUCACCCUCCGCCGAAAUAAAGCCCUUUCCAGAGAUGGGAUUUUUCUAGUUUAGGUACCGAUAUUUUAGGGUAUUAUCGCAAGGUCAUUUGUACAUUGUAAACUGCUUGUUGUUACUAGGUCUGUACUGUAAUAGGGCUUACCGGAAAGCGUUUCCUGGACGGCCAACCGAAUGCCAAAUAGAAAAAAAACCGAAGAGUUUUGUCUGGAAAUAUUGUAGAUUUUAAAAGCGCAAAUUUGUAUGUCACAGAACUGUCAAAGACAGUGGGUAAACUUGGAUGAGCGUGUGUGAGCCGAUGAUGUGAAAAUAUUACCGUAACCCUUUUCAAGAGGUGGACAAUAAUUCGAAUCUCAUAGCUAAAUUCCAUUAGUUUCAACAAUCAUUUCUAUCAUCGCAAAAACUAACCGCACUAGCCCAAUGUAUAUGAAGCCCCAGUAUUCCUAUAGAAAAUUAACAAAAAUUACACUUGUAAAUUAAACUACCCAGGGGGAUGACAACUCAUUUUAUAUUUAUAAAAAAAAACAGAAAUAACUACAUGAAAUAAAAACUCCGCAAAACGUCAGAGGCCACCCUUCAUUGUUGCUUGUUGCAAAACGAAGUCGAUGUUGUUAAACGAAACAAAAGUGUAAACAAAUUUGACAGAAAGCUAACAAAUUCAUUAACCCAUACGUGCAGUAUAAUCUAGGAUACCAACAUUGAAAUACUCUAAAGGAAAAGACACAUAACCUACACGAUUAGGACAAAGAAAAGUGCUUCUCAACUCUAAACAUAACUUUAUCCAAUCUAACCACUAAUACAAAAAGUAUUUAUAUGAACAUGGUGUAGCACUACGAACAAAAAACAAAAAAAAACAGUUGAGUUCGGACUAAAAUUAUAAAUAAUGCCUAACUGAUCUAGCAAAAGGUAAACAAACAAACUAGUUACAAAUGUAAACAUCAAAACAAAAACGAAACCAGGAUUAGUAGAUUUUACAACAGGAUGCCUAUGAAACAAAUAAAACAAAAACUAACUAACAAAUAUUUAGUCACUUGUAAAAUAUGCCUAUAGCUCCCCUAUCUAAUGUUACCUGUGUUGAGUUGAACCCACUCUGCUACCUUCCCGUUUUCCAAAGCAAAACCUAAACAAACAAAAACUACAAACCAAUUAUUGAGGAGAAGAUUGUAAAAAAAAAAAAACAAACAAACAAACAAACAUAGUCUUACACGAAACCAUCAACAAUAACCAUCAAACUUACAUGCUGCUGAGUGGCGUCUGUGACAAUUAUUGAAUCAUAUGAACAAAAACAAAAACAAAACAACGACACAACCAAUCGCGGGGUAGUUACUUUUCCUAAGGGUCGAAACAGGCCUCCAACGGAGGAAACUUCCCAUGCGUUGGAACUGUUUUGUUUCUUUUGCGAUUUUGUGUUUUUCUCAUAG